AAGAAUUUGAACUGCAACCUUAGUAUGGAUAAGAAAUGACGUUUCUACCCUAUAUGAAUGUGACCAGAAAUAUUUUUAAUCAUUUCCUCAGUUCUCUCUGACAUGUAACAUCUUUUUUUUUAUAGAACUGGCAUGCCGUGGCAGACAUGUUACACUUGAGGCUACCGUGCCUCCACAUAUGCUAUCUGGAAGGUCCCAGACCAUAAAAAUCAAUAGGACAAAAUGACGCCAUUACAUAGAGAUUCAAAAUUUGAACUAAACCGCCAUUGAAGCAGUCCCCACUAUAUAACCCAUCGUGAUCUCAAGCCUGCCCUUCCCCUUGUAAGAAACGUAGCAUGAGCUCCAGUGACCAAAUGAGUCAUCAUCCACUCCGGCCUACAUUCCCAUUCAUCAUAAGCCAUGAUCAUUGAUCUAAACACAAUACCAGAAGGAGAUGGAGAUCCCUUACCUGAUCUGAAUGAAGAACCACCAGCAGAUGAGCAAGAGGAUGAAAUCCAGCAUCUCCAAAAAGAUGAGGUCCAUGUCCUGGUGGAUGAUGAAGUCCAUUGGUUCCAAGAAGCUCAGUCCCACCUUCUCCAGGAAGAUGAACAUGUUGCUAUGCAUGGACAUCCCUUACUUGAUCUCAAUGUCGAUCCUUAUGAGCUGCAACAACCAAAUGAAGACAUGAUGGAGUACGUUGAUGCUAUGGACAUUGCCUUUGAUGAAGACGAAUUUGAGGACUUGGAUUUUGAACGUGACCAUGCAAAUGAAAACACUGCACAUCGAUCCAGAAACUUGACAUAAGCUGAAAGGCUUGCAAUUUAUGCAGCAUUGCUUGAGAGAAGUGUGUUUGGAAGGUUAAAGAGGAACACCACAACUAGAGUUGCUGAAAUGUUACAGGUUAGUAGGUAUCAAGUGCAACGUGUUUAGCGGAGGGUUAAGGAGUGCCGUGCACAAGGAAGACCGGUGGAUGUUAGAUCAAGGAAGCCAAUGAACUGUGGGCGCAAAAAAAAAACAAGUCGAUCUAUCAGAGGUUCUUAGAGUUCCCUUGUGUAAGAGGACUAAUAUACGAUCUCUAGCUAAAGCCAUUGGUGUACCAAAGAGCACUGUACACAGGUGGUUCCAGGAAGGGAAACUACGAUGCCACUCCAACACACUAAAACCUCUAUUGAAGGAAGGAAACAAGAAAGACAGACUACAGUGGUGUAUUUGCAUGCUAGAUCAAAGGACAUUACCAAAUGAACCUAAGUUCAUUGACAUGGAAAACAUCAUCCACCCAGAUGAGAAGUGGCACAACACCACAAAAAAGGACAGGACCUACUAUUUACUCCCGGAAGAGGAGGACCCAUAUAGGACUAUGCAAAAUAAAAAUUCUAUUGGCAAAGUUAUGUUAUUGACGGCAGUGGCCAGACCUAGAUAUGAUGAUGCAGGUAAUUGUACUUUUGAUGGAAAGAUAGGAGUGUGGGCGUUUAUCAGAAAGGUACCACACUUGUUUCACUUUCUUACAUUAAUUUGCGGUUCUAAUUUGCGAUCCUUAAUUCCAAUUCAUUUCAUAAAGGAACCAACAAAACGAAGAAGCCCUAUUAGAGGAAGGGGAACCCUAGUCACCAAGAGUAUCAAGGUAGAUCGAGAUAUGAUGAGGUUGUAUAUGAUUGCUAAAGUUCUGCCAGCUAUUGUUGCACGAUGGCCUCGAGAAGAUGCAGGAAGGACCAUUUGGAUCCAGCAAGAUAAUGCCCCUUCUCACGUGCCAGUGAAUGAUGAACAAUUUGCUGCUGCUGUAGCACAGACAGGGAUGGACAUACAGAUCAUCAACCAACCUCCAAAUUCUCUGGAUAUGAAUGUACUAGACCUAGGCUUCUUUAAUUCUCUUCAAUCCUUAGCCUAUGGUACGAUCUCUGGGAGCAUAGAUGAGUUGAUUACGAAUGUGCAAAAAGAAUUCAAUGGAUAUGAUCCAUCUACUUUGAAUAGGGUUUUUCUCACACUACAAGGAUAUUUGAUUGAGGUGAUGAAAGAUGGUGAUGGAAAUAGAUAUAAGAUUCCUCACAUGGACAAAGAUAGGCUUGAGGCACUAGGUAUGCUGCCUAAAAGCCUUACUGUGGACCGCCGGCUAUAUGAGAAUGUGAUGCAGUCUUUAAGUAACUAUUGUAUGGAUAAUGUUGUACAAACCACAACUUUUGUAAUUAAGAAUUAG